AUGAGCUCCAAUCGUAGUCGCCUAUAUCUGUGGUCUUCCUUGUGGUGGUACCAUUUCGCGUUCGCUGAACCUGCCACCUUUCCUAAAGCAAUAUAUCCGGCUCCUUUUUCGGUUAAGGUGCUCAGAGGGCCACUCUUUGAAAAUAUCUACCUGGACAAGUGGUACAACGACGCCCUUCAGAAUGAGGAGCAGGUCUACUUCAUCGCCUAUGAUGCCCUCCUGCUGGGUCUACCGCGACUGCGUCAAGUGCGAAUGUCCUCAAAUUCCUGCACAAUCCCCAAGGAUUUUCAAUCGCAAAUCAACAAGUGUUACAGCACCUACACUGCGGGCACUGAGGACAAGACAGCAUUUGGCUCAAAGAACUCGACCGCGUGGACCUAUUCAUCGCCGGAUAUUCUCUCGGCUGGCUACCAUUGGGGAAAGGUGGCCGUGUACGGUGGUGGUGGCUACUACGUGGACCUUCCGCGCAACGAGACGGAAGCAAGAAAAGUCCUGGAGGAGUUAUUUGAGGGUCUUUGGGUGGAUCGCGGCACGCGGGCCAUCUUCUUGCACUUGACUGUCUACAAUCCUAAUGUGAAUCUCUUCUGUGUCAUUUCGUGA